AUGACGUACAAGGCUUCUUGUACCAUGAACAUGGAACGAAUGUUCCACAUCAAAAUCUUCUACAAUCGCAAGCAAGGCAUCACGCCGGAAGAGUUCAAUAGCUAUUGGGCCAACAAUCACUCAGCCCUUGCAGAGCCCUUCCACCUGAGACUUGGCGUGGUGAAGUACUCACAGUAUCAUUCUACUCCAGAUUUGCGUGACUUUGGCCGUGUUGAGGGGGCACUACCCAUCCUCGAAUUUGAUGGCGCUGCAGAGUUUUGGGUGCACAAUCUGGAAACCUUCCAGGCGAUGGGAAGCGAUCCGGAGUACCUCGGCACAAUCCAGCCUGACGAGGCCAACUUCAUUGACCUAGAAUCUAUGAGAAUGGUCAUCGGUGUAGACUAUAUUGUCUUGGAGAGUCAGAACGCCGUAAGGGAGCAUGGUCGAACAUUCUGA